CGCCCCCGCCAUGCUGUGCCCGCUGCUGUGCCCAUGGCUGCGCGCUCUGACCCGGGCGGGCCCGCGGGGCCCGGCUGCCCGUGAGCGCCGCGGCGCCGCGAUGUUCCCCGCCUGCUGCUGCGCCGGCAAGGCCAGGCCGCGGCUGCUGCUGCCCCUGGACCCCUACGGCCAUGGGCUGCUGCCCCCCGUGCCCCCGGACGGCGGCCGGGGCCGGGCCCACGGCAAGAGGAAGAGCUGGAACUUCAUCCACGAGAAGAUGAGCUACGACACCUUCUUCACCAUGAAGCGGCUGAUCGAGCGCUCGCGCAGCGUGGGCGAGGUGCUGCGCUGGGUCACGCAGAACCCAGGCAAGGUGUCGGCCAGCCACUACCCCAUCGCGCUGCACAAGCUGGGCCAGCUCCUGCAGCAGCAGCCGGGGCCGCCCGCGGGGGCCGGGGCUGGGCACGGGCCCGCGGGGCAGGUGCUGGAGCAACCCGAGUUUCACGCGCUGUGCCAGGCCAUCGUCAGCGGCUGCGCCAAGUUCGACAACUUCAGCAUCGUCAACUGCCUGUACGCGGCGGCUGCGCUGGGGCUGCCCGGGGAGUCGCCGCUCGUGCGGGUGCUGGAGGACGAGUCCCGCAGCCGCCUGGGCCGCUUCAACCAGAAGGACGUGUCGAUGGUGUUCAGCAGCGUGAUGCGGCUGCACCCCUCCAGCCCACACCCCCUGGUCGAGUCCUGCCUCAGCAGCCUGGAGCGGCACCUGGAGAAGGAGCGGCACCCGCAGACCCUCUUCCUGCUCCUCUCCUACUACCGCCUGCGGGCGCAGGCGCUGCAGGGCCACGCGGCCUCCGACCAGCAGCUCAUCAACAACCGCAAGAUCCUGCGGCUGGUGCGGCACACGCUGGGCCAGGUGAGCGCCAUGCGGGAGCACGAGCUGGCGCUGCUGGACGAGAUGCUGGCCCUGUGCGCCCAGGAGGCCAACAACAAGGCCCUGGAGGCCAUCUUCAGCUCCCAACUCUUCUACGAGAACCGGCAGGAGCGCUUCAUCCGCAGCAUGGCAGAGUGGCUGCCCCGGAAGGCGGAGAACCUGACCCCCUACACCAUGGCCCUCAUCGCCAAGUACGUGGCGCGGCACCGGCUGCGCGAGCCGCGGCUGCUCGACACCAUCGCCAACUUCCUACUGAAGCGCGGGGAGCAGCUGGACAGCAAGGUGAUCCAGAAGCUGGUGUUCCCCUUCAGCCGGAUGAACUACCGCCCCUCCAACCAUGGGGAGCUCUUCCCCAAGCUGGAGGCCAUCCUGGAGCAGAAGGCUGGCAGCUCACCGCUGGCCACCGUCAACAUCCUCAUGUCCAUGUUCCAGCUCAGCCACUUCCCCCAGACCGUCCUGCACCAGGUCUUCUCCCCAGCCUUCAUCACCAACGUCAUGAGCAGCCCCUACGCGCUGAUCGUGCGCCGGUACCUGUCGCUGCUGGACGCGGCGGUGGAGCUGGAGUUCCGGGAGUACAGCGGCCCCCGGCUCGACCCGCGGUACCGCGUCCUCAUGUUCGAGCACGCCCUGACCGCUGACGAGGCCAACAGGAAGUACAGCUACAAGGGGCUGGUGGCCGAGGCACUGCGGCAGCUGGUGGGGGAGGAGUGCUACCGACAGGACGAGGUGCUGCCCCCGGGGUACUGCACAGAUUUCCUGCUGUGGAUAAACCGUUCGGGCACAGUGCUGCCUCUCUCCCGCGUUCCGGCGGCUUCCAAGGCUCCCCCGGCCACGUCCCCUGCCGCCAUGUCCCUGCGCUCCAGCGUCCUAGCCCUCACCUCGGACUUGCAGGACUUUGCCCCAUUUGCUCCAGAGACGCCCAGCAGCCCCCCAGGCCCCCGGGAGAGCGGCCGGGCCGGGCGGUUCCUGCCCGCGCUCUGCCCGGCCCUGGGGGGCCCCUGCUUCCAGCCCCCCUCGGACUAUUACUGUGGGCUGAGCAAGGAGCCAUCCCUGGGCAGCCCGGGCAGCUCCACACUCAGCAGCCCCUCCGAGUGCCUCUCGGCUCCACCGCCGGGCACCCCCGACUGCUCCCCCCGCGCCUCCGCCGCCUCCCUCUUCCAGUUCCCCAUCGGCAAGAUCCUGGAGGAGGAGGAGGAGGCCGCCGGCCGCCCUGGCCACGAGCACGGCUGCUUCCAGGGGGAGCAGGCCCAGGAGGACCCCGAGGAGCGGAGCCCCCCCGCCAGUGAUGAUGCCGGCCCCCCGCCCUCGCCGUGCCGGCCCAGCCCCAAGCGGGGCCCGGGCGAGGGGCCACAGGGCACCGAGGAGAUCCAGAGGGUGGUGCUGUCAGUUAAUGACAAGUGGCACUACUGCCAGAACUCCGACAUCCUGGUGGGAUCCCGCGCCAUGAGGGACCGGCACCUGCGGCUGCUGGGAUACUGUCUGGUGCAGCUGCCCUACACGGAGCUGGAGAAGGUGAGUGGCAUCGAGGAGGCCAAGCACUACCUGCGGCAGAAGCUGAGGGAGCUGCGCUUCUGAGGGAUGGACCCGGGGGGGGGGGGGGGGGGGCCAGGUGGGUGCUGCCAGCCCCUUCCCCUGGGCAGGGGGAUAUGGAGCUGCCCCCCAUCCUGGGGGGCCAGGGGGAUAUGGAGCUGCCCCCCGUCCUGGGGGGCCGGGCUGUGGGCCCAGGCUGUGGGCACCUGUUCCCACGGGGGCGGGGGCCUGUGAGAUUAUUUAUUGCCGUUAUGGGGGGCUGGGGUAUGACUUGAGGGGUGCGGGGGGGUUGGUGCUGGGGGUGGGGGGAAGGUCCCUCAUGGCCCCCCUGCAGUGGCUCUGCCACCCCAGUGUCGCUGCAGGGGCCAGGCCUGGGCUCCCCUCGGCACUGGGGGUGUCCCUGUGCCCCCAACAGCUGCCAGGAGGGGGUUUGGGCCUGGCCCCUCCCUGGGGUGCUGGGGGUCCUGCGGGGCUACAGCAGACCCCGCGCAGGGCUGGGAGCGGGUGUGCA